CUUCAAUUCAGUUUGGCGAAGACAACGAACCCGAAAAGAGCUGCGCGGACGGCAGCAGAAAGAGAGAGAAACGUCUUACAAAACGCCAACAAAUCGGAGCCACAUUCACCUGGACAAGUAAAUCCACUCUCGAUAUCCGUGGAAGACAAUAGCCUGAUUCAGUGGACUUUUCUUUUGUGCCAUUUCAUCGCCGUCAUCCGAUCAACAGAAAGCAACGCCGAACAUUGGCCACUACGCCCCAAGAUUGGUGGCUAGCACCGACCGUGGGAGAUGUCUGCGAUGCGGCAUCGCCCGAUGGCCCCGCCGGGGCAAGGAGCCGGAGCUGGAGCUGCCGGUGAGCACGGCGAUAGCGAUGACAACAACUUCACCGAUGACGAGAGCUCGCCUCUGACUCACGACAUCUAUGGCGGCAGCCAACGCACAAUACAAGAGACGAAGGGCUGGGAUGUGUUCCGGGAUCCGCCGAUUAAGAUCGAGACUGGAUCGACUGCGAACCAAGAGUGCUUAGAAUUAACCGUAAAGAUCUUGAAGAUCUUCGCCUAUGUGAUUACGUUUAUCAUAGUUUUAACCGGUGGAGUCAUCGCCAAGGGCACAAUGCUCUUCAUGACCUCGCAAGUGCGCAAGGAUAAGAAGAUGGAGUACUGCAAUAAAGACUUGGGUCGGGAUAAGAGCUUCGUGGUGAGACUUCCCGAGGAGGAGCGAGUAGCAUGGAUCUGGGCGCUACUGAUAGCCUAUGCCCUGCCCGAAAUCGGAGCCCUGAUUCGAUCCGCCCGAAUCUGCUUCUUCAAGACAUUCAAGGUGCCACGGACUGGCCACUUCCUGUUUGUCUGGCUGAUGGAGAGUUUGAGUGCCGUGGGCAUGGCCCUGCUGAUGUUCGUGGUACUGCCCCAGAUUGAUGCCAUCCAGGGAGCUAUGUUGACGAACUGCCUUUGCGUGGUUCCUGGCAUUUUCGGCCUCCUGUCACGCACCUCCAAGGAGGGCAAGAGAUUUGUUAAGGUAAUCAUUGAUCUGGCGGCUGUGGCGGCCCAGGUCACGGGUCUGGUAAUCUGGCCCCUGCUGGAGAACCGCCGAGAACUAUGGGUCAUUCCGGUGGCAUGUGUGAUGAUCUCCUGCGGCUGGUGGGAGAACUACGUGUCGCCCCAAUCUCCGCUUGGCUUGGUCCGCGCACUAGGUCGCAUCAAGGAGGAGAUGAAGUUUACUCGCUACUUCUGCCACAUAUUCCUCUCAAUCUGGAAGAUCCUGCUCUUUUUCACUGUCACAUUGCUGAUUUAUUGGGCCCAGGGUGACGAACCAGGCAAUCUGUUUGCCAUGUACGGAGAUGCCUUUGGUCCCCACAAGAUCAUCGUCUACGAACUGCCAGCUGGUCUGGGCGGUGUUCUUCCUGAUACCCUGGAAUCGGCUAAUAUCGACACUGUCGAUGAGGAUGCCGCCUACAAUACUGUGGUGUAUGUCUUGCUCCUGCAGAUAUUUGGGGCAUAUUUGUGCUACAUCUUUGGCAAGUUUGCCUGCAAGAUUCUCAUCCAGGGAUUCAGUUAUGCGUUCCCCGUCAGUCUAACAGUUCCAUUGUCUGUCACGUUCCUGAUCGCCGCCUGUGGAAUCCGGAACGAUGAUCCCUGCUUCUUCCAUGACACCAUUCCGGAUUACCUCUUCUUCACGAGUCCCUCGAACUUCCGAUUUAACAACUUCGUCACCGAGCAAAUGGCUUGGGCCUGGAUUCUGUGGCUCCUGAGUCAGACCUGGAUUGCCCUGCACAUCUGGACUCCCAAGUGUGAACGUCUGGCCACGACCGAGAAGCUGUUCGUCCAGCCCAUGUACUCCUCUCUGCUGAUCGAUCAGUCGAUGGCCCUCAACAGAAGGCGGGAUGAUCAGGCGGAUGUGAAAACGGAGGAUCUCUCGGAGAUCGAGAAGGAAAAGGGCGACGAAUACUAUGAGACCAUCUCGGUGCACACUGAUCGCUCAUCGGCACCCAAUAAGCCGUCUAUUAAAUCCUCGGACAAUAUCACCAGAAUCUACUCCUGCGCCACCAUGUGGCACGAGACCAAGGACGAGAUGAUUGAGUUCUUGAAGAGCAUCAUGCGGAUGGACGAGGACCAGUGUGCCCGUCGUGUGGCUCAAAAGUAUCUCCGGGUUCUCGAUCCGGAUUACUACGAGUUCGAAACCCACAUCUUCUUCGACGACGCCUUUGAAAUCUCGGAUCACAGCGAUGACGACAUCCAGUGCAAUCGUUUCGUUAAACUGCUGAUAGCCACCAUGGACGAGGCUGCCUCCGAGAUCCAUCAAACAACGAUCAGGCUGCGGCCGCCAAAGAAGUACCCUACUCCCUAUGGAGGCCGUCUGGUUUGGACUCUUCCCGGAAAAACAAAGUUCAUCACUCACCUGAAGGACAAGGAUCGCAUCCGUCACAGAAAGCGUUGGUCCCAGGUGAUGUACAUGUACUACUUGCUGGGUCACCGUCUUAUGGAGCUGCCCAUUUCGGUGGAUCGCAAGGAUGCCAUUGCGGAGAACACCUACCUGCUGACCCUGGACGGAGAUAUUGACUUUAAGCCUAAUGCUGUAACCCUGCUGGUGGAUUUGAUGAAGAAGAACAAGAACCUGGGUGCCGCCUGUGGUCGUAUUCAUCCAGUGGGAUCAGGCCCCAUGGUGUGGUAUCAGCUGUUCGAGUAUGCCAUUGGUCAUUGGCUGCAAAAGGCCACGGAGCACAUGAUUGGCUGUGUGCUCUGUUCACCUGGCUGUUUCUCGCUCUUCAGAGGCAAAGCGCUCAUGGAUGACAAUGUGAUGAAGAAGUACACCACCCGAUCGGAUGAGGCUCGUCAUUAUGUGCAGUACGAUCAGGGCGAGGAUCGUUGGCUCUGCACGUUGCUCCUGCAGAGAGGAUACCGUGUGGAGUACUCGGCUGCCAGUGAUGCCUAUACCCACUGCCCCGAGGGCUUCAAUGAGUUCUACAACCAGCGACGCAGAUGGGUGCCUUCCACUAUUGCCAACAUCAUGGAUCUUCUGGCGGACGCAAAGCGCACGAUCAAGAUUAACGACAACAUAUCCCUGCUUUACAUCUUCUACCAGAUGAUGUUAAUGGGAGGCACCAUCCUGGGACCCGGAACCAUUUUCCUUAUGUUGGUGGGUGCCUUCGUAGCUGCCUUCCGCAUCGACAACUGGACCUCCUUCCAUUACAACAUCGUACCCAUCCUGGCCUUCAUGUUUAUCUGCUUCACCUGCAAAUCGAACAUCCAAUUGUUUGUGGCCCAAGUCCUGUCAACGGCCUAUGCCUUGAUUAUGAUGGCGGUAAUUGUGGGUACGGCUUUGCAGUUAGGCGAGGAUGGAAUAGGUUCCCCUUCGGCCAUUUUCCUGAUAUCUAUGGUGGGCUCAUUCUUCAUAGCCGCGUGUUUGCAUCCGCAAGAGUUCUGGUGUAUAACAUGCGGCCUAAUCUAUCUGCUAUCGAUCCCAUCUAUGUACCUGCUGCUCAUCCUGUACUCGAUCAUCAACCUGAAUGUCGUCUCCUGGGGAACCCGUGAAGUGGUGGCUAAGAAAACGAAGAAGGAGCUCGAGGCGGAGAAGAAGGCCGCCGAGGAGGCAAAGAAGCGCGUGAAGCAGAAGAGUAUGCUGAGCUUCCUACAGAGUGGCAUCGGAGAUAAUGGUGACGAAGAGGGCUCCGUAGAGUUCUCUCUCGCCGGGCUCUUCCGCUGUAUAUUCUGCACCCAUGGAAAGACCUCCGACGAAAAGCAGCAGCUGACCUCCAUUGCCGAAUCGCUGGACACUAUCAAGCACCGAAUGGACACCAUCGAAAGUGCUGUGGAUCCUCACGGUCACCAUGCCUCUCGCCACGGAAGAAGGAGAACCACUUCCAGUGGCUCCAAGGAUCACCACUUGCUAACCUCGGUGGCAGAAAAGUCCGGAGAUGAAUCGGACGAAUCAGACUCGGACACAUCCGCGGAACCAAAGCAGGAGAGAGAUUUCCUAACCAACCCCUAUUGGAUUGAGGAUCCGGAUGUACGCAAGGGCGAGGUAGACUUUCUGUCUAGCACGGAGAUCCAGUUCUGGAAAGAUCUCAUCGACCAGUAUCUGUAUCCCAUUGAUAACGAUCCCGUGGAGCAGGCCCGCAUAGCUAAAGAUCUCAAGGAACUGCGCGACUCGUCGGUGUUCGCCUUCUUCAUGAUCAACGCCCUGUUCGUGCUGAUCGUGUUCCUGCUGCAGCUGAACAAGGACAACAUCCACGUGAAGUGGCCCUUCGGAGUGCGGACGAACAUCACCUACGACGAGUCCACCCAGGAGGCCCGCAUUGCCUCCGACCUGAUUGAGCUGCGAAACAAGUCGGUUUUCGCGUUUUUCAUGGCCAACGCCUUGUUCGUGCUGAUUGUCUUCUUGUUGCAACUGAACAAGGACAAAUUACACAUUGUUUGGCCGUUGGGCGUCAAAACGAACAUUACCUAUAUCGAAGAGACAUCUGAGGUCCACAUCUCCAAGGAGUAUCUGCAGUUGGAGCCCAUUGGACUGGUGUUCGUGUUCUUCUUUGCCCUUAUUUUGAUAAUUCAGUUUACGGCCAUGUUGUUCCAUCGCUUCGGAACCAUCUCCCAUAUCCUGGCCUCAACUGAACUGAACUUCUGCAAGAAAAAAUCUGAGGAUCUUACACAGGAUCAACUAAUAGAUAAGCAUGCUGUGGAGAUCGUCAAGAACUUGCAGAGACUACAGGGCAUCGAUGGCGACUACGACAAUGAUUCCGGUUCAGGUCCAGAUCGCAUAGCCAGGCGAAAGACCAUUCAAAACCUGGAGAAAGCUCGACAACCGCGUCGCCAAAUUGGUACCCUGGAUGUGGCUUUUAAAAAGCGGUUCCUUAAACUCACAGCCGAUGCGGAGAACAAUCCGGCCACGCCCAUUCUCACCCGCCGCCUCACAAUGCGAGCGGAGACCAUCAGGGCAUUGGAGGUGCGCAAGAACUCGGUGAUGGCCGAAAGACGGAAGUCCGCCAUGCAGACACUGGGUGCGAAGAACGAGUAUGGGAUUACCACUGGGGCACCGAUCAAUAACAAUGGAGCUUUGCCCAAUCAGCGAAGCGGACGCGUUUCGAACGCCGGGAUCAGCAUCAAGGAUGUUUUUAAUGUAAACGGCGGUGCUGCAGAGCAAAUUUACGGCUCGAAUGGGGGUGGGACGAUCAACCAGGGUUACGAGCACGUUAUCGAUGAGGAUGGCGACGGCAACUCCCUACGACUGACCACCCGGAACCCUCACCCACAUCACCAGGUCUCGUGGGGUCAGAACACCAACGGCGGCAAUGGCACUGGUCGCCUAUGAAGAGCCCUUACAUCCUAGACAUAUUGCUAAGCUAGACGUAGAGAACUUGUUAACGAAUUCCGCCUCUUUCCAUAAACUGCCUAAACGUAAGACUAAGCCAACACCUACAGUUGUAGUCAGGAGAGAUUGUGUUGUAUAGUAUAUAUAGGGACGAGAGAGAGAUUCAGGACCUAGGAGCAACCUGACGACACAACGAACAUUAUGCUUAGCUAAUCACACUGCCAGUGCCGAUGUGUGCAUGUGCGUGGGCCGAUCGUCCACGGUGGCAACAACAUUCAUACAAUGUACUAUACUAUCAUUUGUUAGGUUAUGUUUAAGUCAAUCCCCGUGUGGAUCCAUCCGGACACACGACCAGUGCAUGCUGACACAAAAUACUCAACGCACAGCUGAUUCGUAAGUGCAGCAGUGAGAUGACCUAUUUAUGUAUUCGACAUAACGAAGAUAGUUCUCUUUAAAUAAAUAAUUAUUGAUGAUUUGAUGUAAUGUGCAACUUUUGAUACAGCAAAUAAAUACCAAUAUUAAAUAGAA